GUGCGUACGCGCCUGAUCGAAGCAGCGUGCUCUGUUGUGAGCUUCCCCACGAAAAAAGUGUGUUUCCCCAUUCAAGGUGUUUCCCAUCAAGGGCUGGAGUGUUUCGAGCUCGAUCGUGUGCGUGCGAAGGACUGCAGCAGCAGCCCUAGUGGAAAGAAGAUCGCGUUCGUAUCGCCCGUGCGGUUCUGUGGUGUCUGUGUGCGAGAAGCUGAAAGAAGCUCUGGGGGAAAAAAAAAAGAAACUGUACGAAAUACUAGCGCAAACGAACCAACGAUCCAGUGUGUUUUCAGCAGUGCUACAUUAGUGCGGCUUUUUCUUGUUUUUAUUUGCAAUUUCCAAUUAACCAACACCACCGCUAGAACGAUGCCAGAGAAACGGGUCAGCCAGGCGAGGAUCGUGCGGACGUACGAGUUCCCCACGAAACCGGAGAAACAAACGCUCGGACAGUACCUCUACAACUCGCAGGAUGGCAAAAUUAUGGGACGGACAGCGAAAAACUGGGUGCAACUGCUGCUGUUCUAUGCCUGCUUCUACACCGUGCUGGCAGCACUGUUUGCUAUCUGCAUGCAAGGACUGCUGGUCACACUGAACCACCAAUACCCGAAGUGGCAACAGGACGAGUCUCGCAUCGGCACGAAUCCUGGUGUCAGCUUCCGCCCAAGGCCGGAAGAUGCCGAAGGUGCACCUUCCAUCCAGUACGUGGCCGCUAACAAGACGGAUGUUGCCUCGUGGGUGAACCUGAUCAAUGAAUUCCUCGAACCGUACAAAGACCACACGCGGCUACCAGGCGGUGGCAAGAAUCAGGUGAUCUGUGAUUUUAACACACCUCCAACGGCCGGAAAUGUGUGUGCUUUUGACGUGAAAAACCUCGGCCCCUGCUCGGCAUCGGAAGGAUACGGCUACAAUCGAUCUGCCCCGUGUUUCUUCGUCAAGCUUAACAGGAUCUACGGAUGGAUGCCUGAGUUCUACGACGACGUAGAUGAUCUACCCACCGACAUGCCGGAAGAUCUGGUCAGCCACAUUCGAUCACUGCCAGCGGCCGAACGCCGUCAGAUUUGGGUAACGUGCAAGGAGCUCACCAACAGCGAGGAGAACCUACUCGGACCGAUCGAGUACCUACCGACGCAGGGAUUCCCGGCCUACUACUAUCCGUACGUUAACGUCGAAGGUUACCUGAGCCCGCUGGUCGCGGUACAUCUGGCCAGACCGCAGCCGAAAACCACCAUCAACAUCGAAUGCCGAGCCUGGGCGAAGAACAUUAUCUUCCGAGGGGGAAGUCGCGAUCGGCAGGGAUCGAUGCAGGUUACCCUGCGUAUCGAUUAGAUAGCGCUGCGGUAGAACUCCACCGAAGGCGAAGGCCAUAGAGAGGGAACAGGCCGUUUCCGACCACCCCCCCCAUUCGGAUGCGAUGGGCCGUUGUUUUUAUCUUUUAUGUUUCGUUUGGACCCGUUCCUGAGGAGGUUGAUGGAUUUGCUGUGCGCGGUGCGUGAAGGGAAUUUAUUGAAAAUCCACACGUGAUGCGGCAACCCGCGAUAGGAUAAGCGAAAACACGCGACACGCAGCAGCUGUACACCGUCGGGGCGCGUCUACUUUUACAACCCCAAAGUGCUAUGAAGAGUUUACUUAAGCGAUGACUGGUGAGAUUUACGCGAGAUUUUAGUGCAGAAUUGAAAAUAAUAAAAGCGAAAAUGGAAACAAACAGUUUUACGGUUAACUUGCCGGUAUUGGGCGGGGUUCGUUCGGCAUUUGAAGCCCGUCCGUGCGGCCGCAUUGAAGAAGAGCCUUAAUGUAACGUGGAACUACGUGAAACGUUUCAUCAUGAAAUAUUUCCCCUUUCGUUGGGGUGGUGAAAUGUUUCAAGCGUAUCGUGUGUUUGGUAUUUACAGCGCUAACAGCCAAUUCACGCCGUCGAGUUAGAAAGAUGUAAGCGUUGUGCAAUAGCGAAGUAGCGUAUAUUAGGAUGCUUUUGCUGUGCAAAGCCCACCAAAAGCCAUAGGAAAUAGGCAGGAUUAAGUGAUAUGAAAACAGAUUACUUACUACACGGUAGGCGAUAAGUAUUUAAAACCUUGCUCCGAUGCGCGUUGCAUUCCGUGUUCUUUCACGACGUCCGCAGUAAAACAGCUUUGCGUGUGUGCGCUGAUUUUCUUCGUAUUGGUUUCAGGGUUUAUUCUGUUUGGUUUAGUUUCUGAUAGGCGAGAAAUCUAUGUAGAGUACUGGAAAUAGAUACUGCUGCGAAAACCUUUUACC